AUGCCCUUAUCGCAGAUGCCCGAAGCAGCAAACAGCUCGGUGGAGUCUCUACCAAAUAUGAGCCGCUCUAGCACCAGCAUGCUUGAAGAGCCACUAUUACCGGUUGAUCGCAGAAUUGGCAAAGACCGGCGACGUUUUGUUGUCAUCUCCGUCUUUGACUUCACCUUCACUGCCCUCCUAUGGCUACUAUGGACGGUAUCGAAAUCUGAUGACUGGAAAGCAGCCUUCCUGCAAGAAAUUAACAUCUUAAACCCAGAAUUUUUGAAGCAAAGCCUUUUUGACUUGGUAGUGGUCGCACUGCUUCGUUUCUUGAUCCUGCUUACCGUAUAUUCACUUUGCCGUUCGGACAGCUGGAUCCCAGUCGCUUUCACAACAUCUGCGACGACAAUUUAUUUAAUUAUUAAGAUUCUGUUCUUUUUCUCGAAGGAGCAAGCCGGUGUGCCGCAAUAUUUAAUUAUUUUGUGCUCGUUUUUGAUUUCAUGGUUCGAGCUGUGGCUAAUGCCGUUCCGAGUUCUGGCUCGAGAGCGUGAAUACGGGUCUGAUCAGGAGUCAGUUGUUGCUCAUUCACGUGCCAGUACACCAGGAAGACCGCCGGGUAUUCGUCGACGUCCCCAGUACGCCACCACAUCCGCCGAUGAAUUCCAUAGCGCUGUGGAUUACACCAGUGAUGAAGAACAAAACAGUGCACCUGGAUAUUUCCGAAUCCCGAAAGGAACGAUGGUGCGCAACCCCCAGACUCGGAAGAACUUGGAGCAGCGGCUGAAUAGUUGUAUGCUUACUGUCGGAAAACUUUUGGUGGAUGCCAGAUCGGGACAAUGGAGAGUGGCAAGAAAGCCUGAUCCCCAGGUCCUGCAAUCCGCUGAAAAUGCAUUCUACGUAACAUCCACCAUUCCGAACGCGAAGGCUGAACAAGUUUUUGACGCUGUCUGGAAGAAAACUACGGCCUGGAAUGAUCAGGUUCUCAAUGCGCAGACCAUCCAAUCCCUUGAUGAGAAUACAGAAGUGUUCUUUUCAACCAGUGCUCCUGCAAUGCGCGGUUAUGUGGCAUCAAGGGCUUUUGCCGAUAUUCGUCGAAUCGUGCGCGGGGAACCCGGGGUGAUCUCUGGUUAUUUCGUCGAUUGUGCCGAUGUCAUCCAGCCGAACGGAACACACCCCUGCACGAUUGGGAAUAUUGUUGGCGCUGCCAACGGUCCUUCGAUGAUUCGUGUUACCCAAGGGGAAAAUGACUGCCAGAUUGAGUGGAUGAUGCAAUGUGACCUCAAAGGUGGACUGCCAAAACGUAUCAUCAACACAAAUAUGGUGCGCUUCUUUGUCACUUACAUGGAAAAGCUCAACAUCUAUCUCACUGCCGUCGCCGAGACAAGCCGAAUUGACGUC